UUCUUGAAUUUCAUUGCAUCACAAUAAAAAUGGUGACUUUUGCACUUUGAAAUCCCUACUCACAUUUCCGGUCCAAUCUCAAAUCCUUCUCUCAUUCCCAUAAAAAAUAAAAUAAAAUAAAGAUUCAAUUUUUUCUUCAAUUUGAUUGGCAAUAUAUGAACAAUGUGCUCGAUUAUCUCAACUGGAUGUUGCCUAUGCUUUUCAAGAGCAACAGUUCCUGAGCUUUGAUCUUGGUUUGAGACAUUUCAACUGAAAUUCAGCAAAUACUUUAGAUUCGAAUGGCUCCAGGUGGUGGUGUUUGUAAAGAUGUUAUUGAGUCUCAUCCUAAACCUUUGAAGUAUGAUGUAGCAAUCACAAAGACUGAUAAAAGUGUUACAAGGAUAGCAACUGGAGCAAGUGCAAAACAUGGAAUGCAAUCAACAAAUGGUGUUCAUGAGCUUCUUGAAUGUCCAGUGUGCACCACUUUAAUGUAUCCUCCUAUUCACCAGUGUCCAAAUGGUCACACGUUGUGCUCAAACUGCAAACUUCGAGUGCACAAUUGCUGUCCCACGUGCCGUCUUGAAAUGGGUAACAUAAGGUGUUUGGCGUUAGAGAAAGUAGCAGAAUCUUUGGAACUUCCAUGUCGACACCAAAGUCUUGGUUGUCAUGAUAUCUUUCCUUACUAUAGCAAGCUGAAACACGAGCAAAAUUGCCGGUUUCGCCCUUACAACUGUCCUUAUGCUGGGUCUGAAUGUUCAAUCACCGGUGAUAUCCCGUAUCUUGUGGCACAUUUAAAGGAUGAUCAUAACGUGGAUAUGCAUGAUGGAUGCAGUUUCAACCAUCGAUAUGUUAAAUCUAAUCCACAUGAAGUUGAAAAUGCAACAUGGAUGUUAACUGUAUUUAAUUGCUAUGGAAGACAGUUCUGUUUGCACUUUGAAGCAUUCCAGCUUGGAAUGGCACCAGUUUACAUAUCGUUUCUAAGGUUCAUGGGUGAGGACAGUGAAGCUAAGAAGUUCAGUUACUCGUUAGAAGUGGGAGGGUUCGGACGCAAGUUCACCUGGCAAGGAGUUCCAAGGAGCAUACGCGAUAGUCACCGUAAAGUUCGUGAUAGUCAAGAUGGUUUAGUCAUACCGAGAAACUUAGCUCUCUUUUUCUCUGGUGGAGAUAGGCAAGAACUCAAGUUAAGAGUUAGUGGUCGUAUAUGGAAAGAACAGUGAGUCAAAUGGAAAACACAGGUUGGAAUUUGUAUAGCUUGAGAUUAACGGUGUUGGUUGGCGACUAUUCUCUUUUCUUUCGGAUGGCUGAAUUAAAUUUAUGAUUGGGCUCAAGGGUCUCUAGAUCGAUUUAAUGUCUAAAUAUCCAUAUGGGGAUAUUAUGUUGUAAGAAUCGGAAAGCUGUUGUUAAUUUGUGUUGUGAAAAUGUUAUUUAAAAAUCAUUUAUCAUCUGUUACGUUAUAUACCCGGAAACACAACUCUUGUGAUCUGGUUACUUUA